AUGGUUGACUCUGCUCUAGGUUUCAAGAUUACUGCAGUCCUCAGCUCAGUGAAUCCUCUCAGCUCAUUCUUGCAGCAGCUUAUAUCCAAGCUCUGUCAAGCUCCAACUCACAGCUCAAGAUCCACAGGCAACAAUGCAUCAGCUGCUCCAUAUUUUAUCAAUGUCAUGGUGGUUAAUGAAGAUAUUCUGCAGGAGGAAGUCUUAAUGCAGGUGUUGGGUUUUGAGAUUGGUACAUCAAAUAUUGCCUUUAUAUUUGCCGAAGAGCUUCUCAUUCAGUUGAAGUAUCAUGUGGUUGCUGAUUUUAAGUGA